AUGGCUGAACACUUCAAACUCCGCCGAAUAGACCCAUCCCAGCUUCUCGAAAGCAUAUUCGAAAUUGGUUUAACGUUGGUACAACGCUAUAAUAAACACAAACUGGGACGGCCUAUUGAAACCUACGAGGAUAUGGAACGUUGCUAUCCCGGGGAAGUCUGUUGCAUGUAUACCGAUAGUGAAAUAGAGGUACAAAUCGAUGUUUACAAUAGCCUCAUUCAAAACAAACAAUUACCAGCGGAUAUAUUUCUACGUGCUAUUAGCGACUCGAUUGCUCUGACAAACAGAAAGUUCUACAAGGGAGUCCUUAUAGACGGAUUCCCGGAACAGGUAGAUUCCAAGGAGCUCGCACAGGCCCUCCGUAAGUACGAGGGACUUACUCGUGGAAGCUAUCUAGCUAUGAUUGAUGGCCCUAAUGAAGCCGACAGAGCACGUCUUGCGCCUAUGUUUGUAGGAUUGAAAAACACUAUAAAUAUCCGCUACGAUGACCCUACAAACGUUUGGCAGAUGUAUGAAGACGUUGUUGAUAUAUUAGGGGAAAAAGAUGAGUGGGAGGACUUCCGGGAUCUCCUUUACAAGUAUUCUGACGAUUCCGAGGAAGAGGACAGUGAAGAUGACUCACCGUUAUACAUGAAAUGUUACCGUAAAGUAGAGCGCUGCUAA